AACUAGAGAAACCCAAUAUGGCAGCGCCCAUGAAAAAGUUUUUCUCUUAAGUGCUUCCGGAUUUUUACCUUUACUGACGUUAUUUGAACCGUGUAAAACUCACGUCUGAGACCUAGCUAACAUGGUGGAGGAGUUGGACUGGAAGAUAAAGCGGGGGCAAUAAGUUGGAGACGAGUUAGAGAUUUUGUGCAUGUGCAGGAAGAGAAAGUAGACUUUUGAUCUACCUGAUGUUCUAGAUGCAGAGUUUUUGUGUGAAAAAUACAAUGCCAAGCAAGUGGAGGACAGUGAAUUGAGAUGGCCAAGCCAUACAAAUUCUUCUGCUAUGGGGUCAUCCUGACAUCUUUAUCCUGGGCCGUCAUCAUCUACCUAUUCCUGAAUCUGUCAGCAUUCGAAGCGGGUAAAGGUCAGGUGCCAAGACAGGCCAGAUUGAUACCUAGAAAUCCCGGCAUCCAGCAUGUGGACAUCGAGUCUGAGGAAUUCAGGGCGCAUGACAUGAUGCCCCACCACAGGCUUGGUGAUGAAGGUCAGGGUCAUCAAAGUUACCUUGAAGGUGAAGGUCAUGUACAUCAUGACAUGGCAGAGCAGAAUGAGGUUUUGCGUAUUGAAAAGAAAAACCAAGUCAAUGGGGGCUGGGCAGGUAAGCGUCCACACGAUCGGGACAAACCAGAGGACAUGGCUGACAAACAGAUUGCUGCGAUACACGCGCCUGGAGAUAUCAAAGAUAUUGGUUUGAUACGGUCUCCAGAAGACCAGAAAAUCAGAGAUGAAGGGUACAGGUUGUAUGCCUUCAAUCAGCUCAUCAGUGACAGAAUAGGAUUUCACCGACAAAUUCCUGAUACCAGGCAUCAACUUUGCUCACGCAGGUCGUACCCGUCCAGUCUUCCUAAAGCCAGCAUCGUGAUAUGUUUCUACAACGAGGCAUGGACAGCAUUAAUGAGAACUGUUUACAGCAUUUUAGACAGAACACCUCCACACUUACUAGAAGAGAUUAUAUUAGUCGAUGACUUUAGUGAUUUAGAUCAUUUAAAAAGACAACUUGACAGCUAUGUGGAAGAAAACUUACCAAAGGUGAAGGUCAUCCACAACCAGAAGCGGGAAGGUCUGAUGAGAGCACGGAGUCUUGGUUCUGAUAAAGCCAAAGGACAGGUGGUGGUAUUCUUGGACAGCCACUGUGAGGUGAAUGCUAUGUGGCUGGAGCCGUUAUUGACCAGGAUAGCUGAUGACCGCAAGCACGUGGUCAUGCCCAUCAUAGACAUCAUUGACGCGGACACGUUUGUGUACAAGGAUUCUCCUCUGGUCCGAGGGGGGUUCAACUGGGGACUGUACUUCCGCUGGGAUCAAAUCCCCACUAAGCUUUUACAGAAAAAGGAAGAUUAUGUGAAGCCACUGAGAUCCCCCACUAUGGCCGGAGGCUUGUUUGCAAUCGACAGGGAUUAUUUUAAUUAUCUUGGAAAGUAUGAUCCAGGGAUGGACAUAUGGGGAGGAGAGAAUUUGGAGAUAUCCUUUAGGAUCUGGCAGUGUGGGGGAACUCUGGAGCUGAUGCCAUGUUCCAGAGUAGGCCAUAUCUUCAGGAAGAGGCGACCGUACGGCUCACCAACGGGCGAAGACACCACUCUUAAAAACUCCCUCAGGUCUGCUCAUGUGUGGAUGGAUGACUACAUAAACUAUUACUUCAGGGUCAGGCCAGACGCCAAGUCACGUAGCUAUGGCGACAUCAGCGAGAGAUUAUCUUUACGAAAAAGACUCGGGUGUAAGUCAUUCAAGUGGUACCUUGAAAAUAUUUACCCAGAGCAGACGUUCCCGAAUGAGAAGGGCGUGGCACCAGAGGUGGACCGACAGGUGGCCAGAAAAUGGCCAAAACGAGAGAUCAUCAGAAAGGGCAUGUUGAAACACCUGAAUUCGAACACCUGCGUGGCCUCAGAACAAGGUGUCCACACCAAGAGGUCCAUGCUGAUAUUGGUACCUUGCAAGCCAGGGGAGGCAACACAGAUAUGGACAGAGUCUCAGACAGGAGAGUUCCUGCUGUCAGGAUUGCUGUGUCUGGACAGUGAGGGGGAUGUAAGGGGGAAGGUCUACCCCAGGCUUAUGAAGUGUCACUUUGAACAGGGGACACAGCAAUGGCUCUGGGCUGGAAAGAGUACAAAGCAGUUGUAUAACCCUGCCUCGGGAAAAUGUCUGUCCCUGACCCAGUCUGCCACUGGGACGUAUUUGACACUGAUGUUUUGUCAGGACUCGGUGGACAGUUUUGACAUUGUCAAACUUUAGUGACAUGUUAAUGUGUUAAACUGACACUCAACCAGCAUUUCUCAGAUCUUCCCAUCCAGGGGCGGAUUGAGGCAGUCUUCUGGGUGUUCCGGAAGAAGGGCAGAUUUUCAAGUUUACAUUAACGGGUAUCAAAUUUUUUCUUUUGGAAAACGUUCAAAAAUAGAGGAUGGGUCAACAAAGAUACUGGUAAUUGGGAAGACUGUCAUAAAAUAGCUCUGGAUCCGCCCCUGCCAUUUUCCACCAUAGACCAGACAGUGUAAAUGGACAACACCAUCAAUGAUUAAUGUUUUGCUUGUUUAUUUUGUCUGUGCCAGGGACUUUGUGACAUUGAUGAAUUAUUCUUAGGAUGAAAUCUGCAUAAUGAUUCUUGUUGCCAUAUUAUUGUGAUGAUGUCAGAGGUUUUACCACAGGGCACUGAUGUUAUGCAGAGUACAGCAUGCCACAAUGAUGUUGUAUAGUAAAUGUGUCAUUGUCUGCAAACCUUGGUGUGUAUAUAAUAGGGUACAGAUGGAAUAGAUAGAUGUGUGUGUGUGUGUGUGUGUGUGUGUAAGUUUGCGCACAUACGUGCAUGUUUGUAGGAGUGCGUUAGUGUGCUUUGUGUUUCUGUGUUUCUGUCUGUAUGUCUAAGUUCAUAUGUGCUUGUGUCCGUAUGUGCACGUGUCUGCAAGAGAGAGAGGGAUAGUGCCUUUAUGUUUGUGUUUGUGUGUGUGUGUGGGGGGGGGUAUGUAUGUGUGUGUGUGUAAAAAUACCACUUAAUAUCACCACUGCAACUCCCAGAGUAGGAACUGUGGAGAUUUUUAUUAAAAGUCUUUAGUUAUAAAACAUUAUAUAUUGUAAUAUAAAGAAUGUAUUACACUAGUGGUCACAUGUCAUGUACGUUACAAAUAUGUAAUAUGGUCUUAAGACAUCCAGAAUAUAUUUGAUAUCAUUGAUAUUAAGAUAUCUUAUUGCAUUAUUGCAAUCAGGAUGAUUUGAGGUAGAUGAAAUACAUGAUGUGUAGUGUGAUCUCUCACUCUGAAUGUGUUAAUAUGUUACUAGUACAUGAAGAGAUCUGGAGGAAGCAGUCAGGGAGGCUGAUUUUAGUUUCAUGUGCCUUUCACAUUAGAAAUUGAUGGGGAAUGCAUUGUUUUAAUGCAUUUUUGUGAUUUUAUAUCCUUUAAUAAUGAGCCUAGAAGGUAAAGGAUAUUUAGUAAGUGAACCACAAUGGUUCAAAUGGUGCUUCCUCAUUUUCCAUUAACCUUGUCAUUUUGUAGAUUACCUGUGUCUAGUUUGUCAAUGAAAUAGUGGAGGCAUUUAGUCUGUUUUCUAUUUUCUUUUUCUUAUAAGAAAUUGAAAGAAAGAGCUACUGAUCUACCUUAAGACAGAGUUUAUUAUCAAAUUUGGCGAUUUUUUGUGACGUAGUACUGUAAUUCCAGUGCUUUGUUGAAACAAAAGUUAACUAGCCCUCUGUAUCUUGAUUUUUAUUUUUUUCAUCUUUGGUAGAAAAAAACAGGUUUGCAUUUGAAAAGGUAAGAUUAGAAUUUAUUCAGACAAUAUAUAUGAAUAUAAGUAUAUUGGGAAUUGUCUUCCUUUUAGAUAUAAGAACUGAAAUAAACAAUUAAACAAAAAAA